CAUUGGCUUGAAGUUUGCCGAUUGCACCGCAUGUUUGCGUACAUCGUGUAGUAGUCUUGCAAGUUCGCCGAAGGUGGCAACACACAAACGAAUGCACUGCAUUAUCACCCGCGAUCCUAAUACACACGGAAGAUAACAUGGGGAAUACGGCGAGUGUCGCGAAGGAAUACUGUACUAGUAAAACGAGAAAAAACACGGCCGACAAGCCCGUCGUCGCCAGUCAACAGGACGUAAACGUCAAGCCGCUCUCGGCGCAUUCAAUUUCUCACCGCGACGGAAAAUCCACGGCUGAUAACAUGGACUGCGGACGAAUUGGAGUGGACAGGAUCGGUCAGUGGGCCAAUGGGGAUUCUGGAUCACCAGCCACAAUUACCGGGAUCGAUCAUCUCAAACGCGGCAGUUUGAACAAGGGCAUGGCCUUCACGCUGGAGGAGCGUCAAGCGUUAGGCAUUCACGGUUUGCUGCCACCGAGAGUGAAAACUCAAGACGAGCAGCUUGUACAUGCCAAGUGCUGCUUGGAUCGUCUGGAUGACAACCUCAACAAGUACAUUUAUUUAAUGGGUCUUCUGGACCGUAAUGAAAAAUUGUUCUUCCGCCUUGUCAUGGAGAACGUUGCCGAAAUGAUGCCCUUAGUUUACACACCUGUCGUGGGUCUGGCAUGUCAGAGAUUUGGUUUAGUAUUCCGCAGACCACGUGGUCUAUUCAUCACAAUUCACGAUAAAGGUCAUAUUUAUGAGAUUCUUAAAAAUUGGCCUGAAUCUGAUGUGAGGGCUAUUGUUGUUACUGAUGGAGAGCGUAUUUUGGGUUUGGGUGACUUGGGCGCUAAUGGUAUGGGUAUUCCAGUUGGAAAACUAGCUCUAUACACAGCGCUAGCAAGCAUCAAGCCACAUCAAUGCCUGCCUAUCACACUGGACACCGGUACCAAUACGAAGGAGAUGUUGGAGGAUCCUUUAUACGUUGGAUUACGGCAAAAUCGUGUACGCGGCGCGGAGUAUGAUGAAUUUAUUGAGGAAUUCAUGAAUGCCGUGGUUGCCCGUUUUGGACGAAGCACACUCAUUCAGUUUGAAGACUUUGGCAACUCUAACGCCUUCAGACUGUUGGAGAAAUACAGACAUGAUUAUUGUGUAUUUAAUGAUGACAUUCAGGGUACUGCCAGUGUUGCUGUAGCUGGUCUACUUGCAUCUCUCCGAGUAACAAAUACCCGCCUUUCGGACAACAUCAUCUUGUUCCAGGGCGCUGGUGAAGCCUCUCUAGGUAUAGCCCAGCUAUGUGUUAUGGCUAUGAAAGCCGAAGGUACCUCUGAAGCGGAAGCUAGGGGUAAAAUUUGGUUAGUGGACUCGAAGGGCUUAAUUGUGAAAGACCGUCCAUCGGGUGGUAUUUCGGAACAUAAAGCGCCGUUUGCCCAUGAGCACGCGCCUAUUGCAGACCUGACUGAGGUUGUUAAAGUAAUCAAACCAACAAUGUUGAUUGGUGCUUCCGCUAUUGGUGGUGCGUUUACACCAGAAAUUUUGCAACAAAUGGCCAAGAAUGCCGCAAGACCCAUUAUUUUUGCUUUGAGUAAUCCAACAAGUAAGGCUGAGUGUACUGCAGAACAGGCAUAUUCAAAUACUAAUGGUACCGCUGUUUUUGCGAGUGGUUCUCCUUUCGCUCCAGUUGAAUUCAACGGACAAACAUUCCACCCAGGACAGGGUAACAACUCAUACAUUUUCCCUGGUAUUGGUUUGGUGGCUGUCACCGUUGGAAUGAAACACAUGCCAGAGGAGGUGUUCUUAAUGGCUGCAGAAACUCUGGCUGGUAUGGUGCAGGAAUCUGAUCUUGAAGUAGGCCGUCUUUAUCCACCACUCGAAGCAAUUCAGGAAUGUUCCAUAACAAUAGCCAUCAAACUCGCUGAGUUUGCGUAUGAACAAGGUCUAGCAAUAGUAGAGCCCAAACCAGCUGAUAUUGCGAAGUUCAUCAAGGAUCAGAUGUACGACCCAACGUACGUAUCGGCAUUGCCGACAAUCUACUCUUAUCCAUCAAGUUUGUAAUAAACUUUAGGCCUCUAGCGUAAUAUUUAUUUUCUAUUUUAUGUUAGGCAAUUUUAAAUCAAGUGCGAGUCCGCAGAGUAGUAUUUCUGUGGAUGAAGGGAUGAUGGCAACCUAUGAGAUGUUGUCGUUUGAAGACCAAAAUGUGGAGUCAGAGACAAAACCUUCGUGCAAAUUGACAUAACGAGCCAGACCAACGGUAUAUAGUUUAAGACGUUUACAAAAUUUUAUAUUAUGAUACGGCAAUGAGCAUGUUUCUAACUGCGGGAUUUAAUUUGGCUUAAAACAUAAAAUUGACAUCCAAGUGAAGAUUGCAUGAUUACUCAUCGAAUAAUAAUCGGCAAGCAUGCCACAGACCAAUUCAUCCUGACUCUCAUUUUGGGCUUCAAAUAUUUUAUAAGAAAUAAAUUAUAUAUGUUUUUUAAAACAGGCAAUUUUAUCUUAGCAAACAAACACAUCGACGAAUGCAAUGAUAAAGAAUGAAUGAAUGCAUGGAUUAUGAUAAUAUCGUCGAGAUUAAUGAAGCGAUUUAUGUCUUGUUUACAUAAGUAUGAAUCUGAAAGGGUGUUGAUAUUAUUGGACACAUGAAACACUUAAUAAUUAGAUUUAAUUGAAAUUGUUAAUUGUAUGUUAGUUAUUUUCUAAAUGUGUAAUAUAAUAAAGGAACGAGGGCAGUAUUCUAAA